AUGUCGCAAACUUCUAAUCAGGAGCCCAGUGGUGGAAGGCGAGGAACUAAACGACAACGGAGGAGGUCCGAUGGCUUGUCACCACGGGAAGUUAUGCCGCUCGCACACCAGCAAACGUCUGAUCUCCAAACGGCACAAUCGGCAUUGCUUCCAGGAGUUCGCACUAGGCGUUUAACGACGAGUGGGCAAGAUUACUCUCAGAGGCGAGGGCAGAAUGAACAACUGCGUCGACAUGAGCAGCGUACAAGUACUCAACGCCGUUCAGUUCGCCGGCACCUACAACUGCGCCAGCGUCAAUCCCCAGAGACCACAUCAGGAACGUGCGAAGCCCCAAACAACGCUGCACCCAGUGCACCUAGCACACAAGAAGGGCCUACGGCAGAUGCUCAGUGGAGACAGGACACACCAAACAAUGCGUGCCCCGAGGGGCAAGCAACCCGAGCAUCGACCAGGCAACGACGAAGAGCUGCAGGCUCACGUGGUCCUUGUGGAAGCACAAGAGCUUCCUCUUGCCCGAUGGAACCGAUAGAGCCCGACGAACCAGUCUGUGUUCUCCGCACUAAUGCUGACCCUCCAAAAGACCCCAGUUCGCCGGUGUUGGACGGCAGUAGCAUACCUGCAUUUGAUAAAAUUUGGGUUGAAGAGGAAGAAGAAGGCAAACGGCUGCUAACUUUACUAGACAGAGCCCGCUCUGCUUUGCUCGAGCCACUUUUCGACUUCCCUGCUCAGCCCCAGCUAAACUGGAAACCUUCAAGCAACACUUGCUUAACGGGCGCGCUGGGAUUCUCGGAAGCAUUGGACGAGCCGAGCUGUGUGAAGGCGUGGAAAUCAUACACAUUGGCAUUGUUGCUCUUCAAAUAUCUCUACGCAAGGGGCUCGGAAGCUCUCUCGCAGCAACAGCCUGGAUGCUUCAGCAACCCUGCGAAGUUUGAAAUGCAUGCAGCAAAUGCGUCAGAGGAGGCGCUGUUGGCAGCUCAAGCAGCAGGGAUAAGAAGCGCCAAAGCGCGUGAAGCUGUAGCACGUGCAGCAAUGAAGCUUCUAUGCCAAGUUUCUACUAUCGAUGAGGCUGCUGUUGUCAUUUUUGGGCGCUUUGUCAGCAGACUGCCCUAUCCUCCAGUUGGCGCUGUGUCUCGAGUGUGGGGAGUAAUCGAUCAGUUAAGGCAUGAGUGCUCCAGAAUAAUAAUCGAGUCAGCAUUGACAAGUUUCGUGCAAGCUGAAGUUGGCCAUCAGCUGGAUGGUACAAGAUUGGUUGAAGAGCGUCAACAAUCGGGGAAUGCGUACGAGGCCUUCAACGAAAAUCCCCAUCUGCAACAGCAGCACGAGCUUCAGCAGCAGUCAAAGCAUCCGGAUGCUCUUCACUGUAAUGUUCCAUCCCAGUUGUUGAGCAUUCCGGUGACGGAGAGUGGGAAGUCUUGCGAGCAGCAACGGGACCAGCUCCCCCUUAAACAACAGGAAGGGAAAGAAGAGCAGCUGCAGCACGGCGAUGAUUACGAUGUGUAUCUGGUAACUAUCCUCUCUGCAGAGGCGAGUAUCGCUUUGGCGCCUGUGGGUCUGCGGCAGAUGCAACCGCAACUCGACAAUCCUACUGGGCAUCCCCCUGUCUGUGAAAGCCAAGCAAGGAUUCCAGCAGCCACUCACCAGGAUACUUUCAAAGAGAAAACCCAAAGCCCAGAAUGCAUGGGUGCGCACGAACAGCGCAGCCCACCAGUCUGCAUGGUAAGGCCAAACGAGGAGGAAACUCCCGUGUCAUUGCUUGCUGGGCAAGCUGCAACAACAGGACUGCCAGCAGCAACAGCACAACUCCAGUGGAUCCGGGAGGCCCUGAUUAUGUUGAGAAGAAUUGAUGAUCCACAGUACGUCCAACUGCAGCGCCGGAAGAAGACAGCCGCGACUGCCGGAGCAAGUGCCGCUUCCCCUUCACCAACUCAACAUGGAGGAAGCACACUGCUUCCAGAAGACACAGCAGAUGCAUCUACGGUGGCACCUCUCUGCCCAGGUUCAUACAAGUGUGUUUUGCCGCCCCCGCCGAGGAGCAGCCGCUUGUUAUAUGUGAUGUGGGUUGGUGUGGGUGGAGGGCCAUGGGGAGGACGUUCAAAUACGUGGUUUAACCAUAGAAGGUGUGUCUCAACUGACAGAAACGACGAAUCAGCUGCCGUGAACCGCGUGAUUGCAGCAGAGACUGGAAAAACUGGAAAUUGA